AUGCAGCUUCAUAAUCAACCAGUCACAGUGUCCCGUUCAACUUUGCCACUAUGGGUGAUAGCUCUCUCUGUGUUUGGAGUGUUAGCAAUCCUUGGAAUAACUAUUGGUCUCUUGGUUCAUUUUCUGGCAGUAGAAAAUAGGACCUACUACUAUCAAGGUAGCUUUAAAGUGCUGGAUAUUCCAUAUGAUAGAAAUUAUGAAAGGGAGACAUCACCAGAAAACAACUAUCUUAGUAAAAUCAUUGAAACUAAAAUGGCUGAUACAUUUCAAAGUUCGAACAUUUACAGACAAUAUAUCAAUUCUCAAGUCAUCACACUGGUUCCUGAUAGCAACAGUGUGACAGCAUUUAUCUGGCUGGUUUUCAAGGAUGCUAGGUCAAAGAAGGAAAACACAAGAAGAAGAAUCGAAACUAUCUUACAUCAGAUGCUGAAGAAUAAGUCAGGACCCUUGACUAUGGACCCUAACUCUCUUAGGCUUGUGGAAAUCAAUAAAGUUGAUGCUGAGAAGAUAAUCAACAGCCGCUGUGGGAGACGAGCAAGGAUGUCAGCUACUUAUGACAGAAUCAAAGGAGGUUCCACUGCUCAGGAAGGAGAGUGGCCUUGGCAAGCAAGUCUCAAGAUGAACGGCAGACACUACUGUGGGGCAUCGCUGAUCAGCGAACGAUUCCUGAUAACUGCAGCUCACUGCUUUCAAAAGUCAAACAACCCAAGAAACUUUACUGUUAGCUUUGGCACUAGAGUAACUCCACCCUAUAUGCAACAUUAUGUUCAACAAAUUAUUAUUCAUGAAAACUACAUCAAGGGUGAACAUCACGAUGAUAUUGCACUGAUAAUGCUCACGGAAAAGGUUUUAUUUAAGAGAGAUGUCCAUCGAGUUUGUCUUCCCGAAGCCACACAGGAUUUUCCACCAGGGGAAGGAGUUGUUGUUACAGGAUGGGGAGCACUUUUCCAUGAUGGCGAAUAUCCACUGUUGCUUCAGAAAGCACCCGUGAAAAUCAUUGAUACAAAUGUUUGUAAUGCUAAAGAAGCUUAUAAUGGUGUGAUACUGGACACAAUGAUCUGUGCUGGGUACAUGGAAGGAAAUAUCGAUGCCUGUCAGGGUGACUCUGGAGGACCACUGGUUCACCCAAAUUCUCGAGACAUUUGGUACCUUGUUGGAGUCGUGAGCUGGGGAGAUGAAUGUGGCCAAAUCAAUAAGCCAGGGGUCUACACUCGAAUGACGGCCUAUCGCCACUGGGUUGCCUCCAAGACUGGUAUCUAA